UGGUGCUAAUACUUAAGUCUGCUAUGGGACAAAGUGAAAAAGUGGAAAGCAGAGUUAAAAUAUGACCCAAACACUCACCUUUUUCUAAGUCGUCUCCUAUCAUAGUUGCAAAAUAAAUGGAUAGCAGUAAACCAAAUCCUUUGCUACUAAACCAAGAAAACCCAGUUGUCUUAAGAGUUCAUAUUUGUGAAGGUUUCUUAACAUUUUAGUGCAACCUUGAUUUUUAUUUUUAUUUAUUUCCUUUCCCUUAAAGAGAAAAAAAGAUCUUCAAGUUUUUUUUCUUUUUUAUUCUUCAGUUUUGCUUACUUUCUUUUGCUCCCAAAAACCAAAAAAAAAUAUCCCUUCAAAUCCCAUUUGAUGGUUUUGAAGUAGCAACGAUCUUCUCAGCACCUAGUCUAGUUUGAUUUUGAAGUUCCCAAGUGAGGUCAAUGUAUUUAUAGCAAAAUAGACUGUUUGGAUUUGCUCUUUUUUCCACACUCAAAUUCUUGGAAUCAUUACUUCAUUUUGAAGGGGUUUCUUGAAGCUUUAAGGUUGUAUGGUCUUGACUAGCGCCAAAUAAAAGCUAGCUUUGUAAGACUGUCAAGGAAGUCAACUUCACUGCUUCAUUUUCAGUUCUAAUCUCUCAACACUUUUCAGCCACUAAGUCAGGGACAUAGCAAUGGAGUACGUAGAGCCUGUUGUCGACAUUGCAAAUUGUCUCGGAACUCCUGUUUGUAAAUAUUUGCAAUAUCACAGAAAGCUGAACGAUUAUGUGAGAAACUUCAAGAGGACCAGAGAUGAAUUGAAUUGCAAAAUGGAAGAUAUAGAGCUGCAAUUGAAAGCAGAGCUUCUUCGUCCUCUGGGGAAGAUACCGAAGAAGGGAGUUGAAAUUUGGUUGAAAGCUGUGAAAGAGAUGAUUAGGGAAGCACAAGUUGUUGAAAACAACGUCUGUAACGGGAGAUAUUUCUGUCGUGCUUGCAACGGGAAGCUGGUUGAUGAAAAGACUCGAGAAAUGAAGGAAUUUCUUGAUAACGCUCCUAAUGCCUCUGAAGGUCUUGCCAUGGAUGGUUCAAGUGCUGGGUUGCCACUGCCAACAUCAGAACUAGUUGGAGAGGAAGCUGUCAGAAAUGAGAUUUGGGCAUGUUUGAUGCAGGAGGAGGUGAGCAAGAUUGGGGUUUGGGGGAUGGGUGGUGUGGGUAAAACCACUAUCAUGAAGCACAUCCACAAUGAUCUUUUGAAACAGCAAAGAUUCGAAAGGGUAAUCUGGGUUACCAUAUCAAAGGAGUUCAAUGUAAUGAAGGUACAAGAUAAUAUUGCAAGUGCAUUGGAGUCGAAGGAAUAUUUAGACAAAGAAGAGGACAAGCUCAGACGAGCUGCAAUCUUGUCAGAAAUGCUGAAGAAGGCAGGAAAGCAUGUUCUAAUCCUAGAUGAUGUGUGGGAUAAAGUCUCUCUAGAGGAAGUUGGGAUCCCCGAGCCGAGUAGCAGCACUGGCUACAAGUUGGUAUUGACAACCCGUUCGGAGCAUGUCUGUCAGUAUAUGGGUUGUAAGGUGAUAAAUGUGAAGCCCCUUUCAGAAGAAGAGGCAUUGAUACUAUUCUUGAAUAAAGUUGGACCUAACAUAGUUCAAAGUCCAACUAUAAUGCCAACUCUGAAGCUUGUUGUCAAGGAAUGUGCGGGUCUACCUCUUACAAUUGUCGUGGUAGCUGGUACCAUGAAAGGAGAAUAUAACCCUCAUAUUUGGAAAAAUGCACUCAAAGAUUUGAAAGAGAGAAUAGGGAAAGUGGAAGGAGUGGAAGCUGAGGUAAUCGAGCGCUUGAAAUUUAGCUUCGAUCACUUAAAGGACAAGCAAGUGAAACAUUGUUUUUUGUAUUGUAUGGUAUAUCCCGAAGAUUUUGAAAUUGAAAAGGAUGGACUAAUUGAGUGCUGGAUUGAAGAGGGAUUCAUAGAUGAUAUGGGUACAAGACAAGAAAUGAAAGACAAGGGCCAUGUUAUUUUGAAGAAGUUAGAAGAUAACUGCUUGUUGGAAAAUAUUACCAAUCUAUUUGAUCAACCUGGCGUAAAGAUGCAUGAUGCAGUGAGAGACAUGGCAUUGUCGAUCACAAGAAUGAAUCCUCGAUAUAUGGUACAAGCAGGUUUGCAAUUAGAAGAGUUACCAGAAAAGAAGCAAUGGAGUCCGGAUAUUGAGAAAGUGUCACUUAUGUAUAACUCCAUAUCAGAAAUUUCCAUAGAUGUGCUGCCCACAAAAUGUCAACUGCUCACAACCUUGUUAUUGCAGGGUAACCCUAUAAAGAAGAUCCCAUAUUCUUUCUUCAUAAACAUGCCCUGUCUUUGUGUCCUCAAUUUGUCCUGUACAGGGAUCGAGAGUUUACCCAAUUCCAUCUCUGAACUAAAGAACCUCACAACAUUGUUGCUUUGUGGCUGUUAUAAAUUAAGAGAUCUGCCAUGUCUUUCGAUGCUUCAAGAAUUGAAGAAGUUGAAUCUUGAUAACACUAAAAUUGAGGAAGUACCUGAAGGCAUGGAUAUGCUGAUAAAGCUAAGAUAUCUUGAUCUUCAAGUGUUCACUCUGAAAGAGAUACCAGCUGGACUUUUACCAAAACUCGUUCACCUUCAGCACUUGAGUUUUGAUGUGGACAAUGAAAAAACAAGUCUAAAAGCAGAGGAGAUGGAACCAUUGAAGAAGUUGGAGUGCUUUACCGGACGUUUCGAAGACAUCAGUGAAUUGAAUAAGUUCAUCACCUCAAUGCAACAAAGUAAGAAAAAUCUCAUCAAGUACCAUUUACAUGUGGGCUCAUCUUUUGUGGAUGCUACAAGAGAUCAAACAGUAACAAUUGGAGGAGUCCAGAAUUGGGAAGGUGAGUUAAUUAUGCACCCAAUUGAAAUUCAAGAGUUGAAAAUUGGAAAGUGCGACUAUUUGAGAAGCUUAGUCGAUGACAAUUCUUCUUUCAAAAAUGCGAUUGACUUGAGGGUUUGUAGGAUUUGGGGGUGUGAAGGGAUAGAGUGUGUUGUUUCCCUGUCCUCUUUUGCCUCUUCUUCCGCUCAUCCAUUUCAGAGCCUCGAGGUGUUAGGGCUUGUAGAUCUGCCAAAGUUGAGUGCCCUUAUUAUGAAAGAUGAAGGAAUUGGUUCAGCAACAACAUCAACAUUGGCUCCAUCUACCACCUUUUCCCAUCUUAAGGAAAUUAGGAUAUUCGAAUGCUCAAGUAUGAAGACGUUGCUUCCACAUUGGUUGCUUCCAAACCUCCAAAACCUGGAAAAAUUAGUUGUGGGUUAUUGUAGUCAGCUAGUAGAAAUAUUGGGAGCAGCAACAUCAGAAGUUGAAGAAAAAGGGAGUGAUGCAUUAAUCAAAUUCCAUCUUCCCAAAUUGAUAAAGUUGGAAUUGUGGAGAUUACCAAAUUUGAAGAGCAUUUGCAGCAAAAGUAGAGUGAUGGUUUGUGAUUCUCUCCAACUUAUCCGGGUUUUAGGAUAUUGUGCUAAACUGAAGAGAAUUCCUCCAUUUGUUCCCCUUGUUGGCAAUGGGCAGCCAUUUGCAUAUGCUCCACCUUCUCUUACCAUCAGGUCAAGCACAGAAUGGUGGGAAUCGUUGGAGUGGGAUGACCAUCCAAACUUUAAAAAUGUUCUUCAACCCCUUUGGAAGGAAGAAAGGGGUAUUUGGAGACGUCAAAGAAGAGAAAGAUGAAAGGGUUGGUGGGAAAAAAGGAGGGGGGAGGAUAGUGCAAAAGAGAGGAGAAAAGGAAUGAUGGAAGGAAGGGGUAAAAACCAAAUAAAUUAGCUUCAUAUUUUUUCUAUGUUUGUUUUGAAAGAAUGAGUAUUGAAUAUGGAUAAAAUAGAAAUUUGGUAGGGUUU